AUGAAGAAGAAGAAGCCUAAAAAAUCCCCACCGGCAAAGGCAAAAUCAUUGGGCUCACCCCCGAUUGAGAAUUCACCUCCGCUGUCCUCCUCUUCACCACCCAGUCGCGAUGAAGGAAGCCUCUUACCUCCGCUUGACGAGUUUGUUUCUGAUGCCCACCUUGGCUCCCCAGCUGCAGUGGCUGCUCAACAAACUCGUGACAAAGCAGAUCUGAGUCCUCCCGUUGAGCCGUCUUCUGCGAAGAAAGUGAUCGUCGAAGAGUCGACAGAUCCAUCUCCAGGAAAGACUGUAACCUUAAAUACCCAAGUUGAGUUGAGCUCUGAAGCAAUGUCUGGAAGCUCCUCGGACUCUCGACCAGUAGGAUCAGUGGCAAACGAAAUCACUGUCGCUGCUGAACCUAAAGGGAAUCUAGCAAGUGUUGAUGCCAAGGACGUGUCUUUGGGCUCGCAGUUAGCUGAUCCAAAGGAACCUCCUAUUCGUGUAAGCAUCGAGAAGGAGGCAAAAGCACCGAUUGAUACUAAGGAAACUUGGUGCAAUCGAGGUAAAGGAGUUAAGCAAUUAUCUAAAAAAGGUGAAGCUUUCACCCUUCCAUCAGGAGAAGCAUGUAUCAAGAUUCCCAACUCGGUGAUAGAGAAGAAUCGCAAGUCAUGGGAACCCUUUGUGCUUGGUCAAUUUUACUCUGACCCUUCUUCUCAAGGAACCUUGCACAACAUUGUUAAUGGUAUCUGGAGCAAACAAUACAGAGACAUCCCUGUCUCCAAAAUGAAAGGAUUCUCCUAUCUGUUCUGGAUUCCGAACGUAGCGACCAGAAACAGAGUGAUUAAGCAGAAGCUGUGGCAGAUCGAAGGCCAGACCAUGUUCGUUGACAAAUGGGAACCAGGUAUUGUGCCCACAAAGCCUGAACUCACUUCGGCUCCUAUUUGGCUCGAACUACGGAAAGUUCAUCUUCAAUUCUUCAACGAAGAUGGCCUUGAGCGUAUUGCGGGGCUGGUUGGCCACACCAAGUUCUUGCAUCCUGCCACUGCGAAUAAAACAAAUUUGGAGGUGGCAAAAGUUUUUACUAUCAUUGAUCCUAGGAAACCAUUACCUGAGGCUGUCAAUGUCCAGUUUGAUUCCGGAGUCAUCAGUAGAGUGUUAGUGUCGAGCCCCUGGAUGCCUCCUGUUUGCGGGUUCUGCAAAGAGAUAGGUCACUCAACCAGAAAAUGUUUGACUGCCCCCAAACCCUGCUAUGUCUGUAGCUCAACCGAUCAUGCUUCAGCGAACUGUCCUCAAGCACCAAAUAAGGAUACUAGGGGAAGGAAGACAAGGAGAAGUAGAUCAAGGAAUAAGCAGAAAUGGGUGGAAAUGGACCCUCAAAAGGCGCCGAUUCCACCUCUUUCUGAGCAGGCUCCGAAUGGCCCUGUUCCUCCUAUAAUUCACACCAAGACUAGCUUAGAGGUGAUUACUCUACAGUCAAAAUUGGGCACUGAGAAAGAUACGGUCAGAGGAGAACCUAGUGGCACGACUGGUGGGACUCUCUCAAAAUUUCCAAGAAGUGUUUCUGCUACCUCACGCUCUUCUCAGCCUGAGCUGCAAGCUGACUCCUCUGAUGUUGAUUCUUCGGAUUCUGAACUGGAGGAGGGUGAGUUUAGCAAACAUGAGCCCGACUUCGAAGUGGUCCGCAACAGGAAAAGAUUCUCAGAGCUGUUUCCUGGUUGGUCCUAUGAGAGCAACUACGAGUUCUCUCCCCUUGGGAAAAUCUGGGUGGUUUGGCAUCCUUCUGUGUUGGUUACUAUUAUCUCCAAGUCUCUCCAAAUGAUUACAGUCGAGGUUACUUGGCCGUCGGUUCAAUCCAAGAUCAUCAUCUCCAUCAUCUAUGCUUCUAACGAUCCUGAUGUGCGCACGACCCUGUGGAAUGAGAUUGAGGAGCUAGGUCCUGCUCUUGGUAUAAAAUCGAAACCCUGGAUUAUCUUAGGUGACUUCAACCAGAUAAGAGAUCCUUCAGAGCACUCUAAAUCGGCGUCUCUGAAUUUGGACACGAAAAUGCGGGACUUCAAUCAGUGCUUGCAGUCUGCUGGUGUGGAUGACCUUAACUUCAAAGGCAACUCUUUCACAUGGUGGAACAAGCAAAAGCUUAACCCGAUCGCUAAGAAGCUGGACCGAGCUUUGGUGAACGAUGAGUGGUACUUCGAGCUCCCCUCCUCUGUUGCUUACUUUGGUAACCCAGAGUUCUCGGACCAUGCAGUUGUCUCGAUCUUACUGGACCCUUCCACCGCAAAGGCUAAGAAGCCGUUCAGCUGCUGGUUUUCCUUUAAUGUCACAGGGUCAGCUAUGUUUAGGGUAUCGCGUAAGCUGAAGCUAUUAAAGAAAUGCAUCAAGGAGUUCAGUAAACAGAACUACUCGGGCAUUGGAAAAAGAACAGCGCAGGCUCUUGAUUGCUUGGUGACCGCUCAGAACUUGACGCUGGCGAACCCUUCCACCCAUAAUGCUGAGGUGGAGAUAAGAGCAAUGAAGGAAUGGGAAGAGCUAUCCACCGCUGAGUCCUCGUUCUUCUUUCAGAGAUCAAGGAUCACCUGGUUAGCUUUUGGGGAUGGAAAUUUGCGUCUGGUCCAUAGAUAUGCGGCGUCUAGGCAAGCGAUCAACCAUAUUCACUUCCUAGUAGGUGACAAUGGAGCACGCAUCGACUCUCUACCAGAAAUCCAGGAGCAAUGCAUGAAUUAUUUCUCUGAUCUUUUGUGGGGCACAGCUUCUCCAAGCAUGUUUGAGCAAAGUGACCUCGAUCUGCUUUUUGAUUUUAAGUGUUCUGCGGAGCAAGCUUCUAAUUUUGAGAAGGAAUUCUCAUCUCAGGACAUCAAGGACGCUUUCUUCUCCUUACCUAGAAACAAAACAGGGGGGCCCGACGGUUACUCUUCUGAGUUCUUCACCGCCUCCUGGUCUGUGGUUGGUUCGGAGAUAACGGAGGCCAUUAAGGAAUUCUUCCGGUCUGGCUCCAUCCUCAAGCAGUGGAACGCAGCAAACCUCGUUCUGAUCCCAAAAAUUCCAAAUGCGUCGCAUCCUUCGGCCUAUCUCAUGUCUCAAUACGGUCUACAAGGUGAUCGCUAA